AUGAAAGAGGUCGAUCGAGAGAUCGAUCUGGAAGAUAAACCUCGACCCCCUCCAAGGAUCAUUUCGGGGGCCACCGCAGAUCGCUCUCCAAAGAUCGCUCUGCCGGACGAAAAUCCAAUGGUGAAAACCAAACCGGCCAAAGCCGAGCCCUAUCUUCUUGUCGACAGGUCCCUUCACCUCAAGCCGAGGAAGACGAUCUCGAGGUCUACCACACCGAGUCGAGCUAAGAUGAAAACGCUGAGAUCGGAAGGCGAGGAUCGCCAGAUCGACCAGACCGUAGAAUCGAAUAUUAGAGUCAGAGAGGAACACGAUAAAAAACUGGACGAGAUCGCAAUGCCAAAGACCGAAUAUGACCCAGUGAAGAUCUCGCCCAUGGAGAAUGUAACGGCGAAUAAGUGGUGA